CGCGGCAUGGAGCUGCGCGGGGGGGGGGCGCCGGCGAGGGGCGAUCCCGGCAAGAGAAAGAAAAAGCGCAAAAAGGACAAAAAACAGACCCCGGCGCCGCGGACCCCCAGCCCCCCAGAAGCUGCGUCCCCCGAGCCCCCUCCUCCGCUGCCGCUGCUCCCCGAGGGGCUGCCGGUCUCUGACGAGGGGGAGCAGGAGGACCCCCGUGAUUAUUGCCAAGGUGGGUAUUACCCCGUACGGAUCGGGGACCUCUUCAACGGGCGCUACCAUGUCGUGCGCAAGCUGGGAUGGGGACACUUCUCCACCGUUUGGCUCUGCUGGGACCUCCGGCGGAAGCGUUUCGUGGCGCUGAAGGUGGUGAAGAGCGCGCCCCAAUACACAGAGACUGCGCUGGAUGAGAUCAAACUGCUCAAAUGCGUCCGCGACUCUGACCCCAGUGACCCUAAGCGGGAGAACAUUGUGCAGCUCAUCGAUGACUUCCGCGUUUCGGGAGUCAACGGUGUCCACGUGUGCAUGGUGCUGGAGGUGCUGGGCCCCCAGCUCCUGCGCUGGAUCAUCAAAUCCAACUACCAAGGGCUGCCCCUGCCCUGCGUCAAGAGCAUCUUGCGGCAGGUGCUGGAGGGGCUGGAUUACCUGCACACCAAAUGCAAGAUCAUCCACACGGACAUCAAACCCGAGAACGUGCUCCUCUGCGUCGGAGAUCCCUUUGUGCGGCAGCUGGCGGCGCAGGCCGCGCGCUGGGCCCGGGGGGAGGGCCCCCCAAAAAGUGCAGUGAGCUCCGCUCCCCAGGACGUCCCCGAGCGCCUCUCCCGUGCCCAGCGACGCCGCAGACGCCGGCGGCAGCGGCGCCAGAGCCGCCUCCUCGCCCAGCGCCUGCGUGACCUGGAGCGGCAAAGCGAGAGCGGGGGCUCCCCGGGGGCCCCCAACGGCCUCGAGGCACCCCACCGCGAGGCCCCCGACGCGAGCAGCCCCCCCAGCGGCGCCUCCUCCUCAGGGGUUCACACCCUGCGCUCGGGGGGCUCCUCCGCCUCGGGCGGGGCAGGCGGGGCCCCCCCCCGCCGCCCCCCCAGCCCCAGCUCCGCCUCCGACUCCCUGCUCACCCCCACCUCGGGCUCCCUGCUCUCGGGGGGCUCAGGGGGGCCCCCCAGCACCCUCGGCUCCGUGGGGCCGGAGGGGCAGGAGAACCCCCUGGACCCCCACUGCGCCCCACGGCUGCGCAUCAAGAUCGCCGACCUGGGCAACGGCUGCUGGGUGCACCGUCACUUCACGGAGUCGAUUCAGACACGGCAGUACCGGGCGCUGGAGGUGCUGCUGGGCGCCGGCUACGGCCCCCCCGCCGACAUCUGGAGCACCGCCUGCAUGGCCUUUGAGCUGGCGACGGGCGAUUACCUCUUCGAGCCCCAUUCAGGGGAGGAUUACAGCCGGGAUGAGGACCACCUGGCGCACGUGAUCGAGCUGCUGGGCGAGAUCCCCCGGCACGUGGCGCUGGGCGGGCGCUACUCCAGGGAGUUCUUCAACCGCCGAGGGGAGCUGCGCCACAUCCGCCACCUGCGGCCAUGGGGGCUGCGGGCGGUGCUGCAGGAGAAAUACGAGUGGCCCCGCGGUGCCGCCGCCGCCUUCGCCCGCUUCCUGCGCCCCAUGCUGGCCUACGAGCCCGCCCGGCGCGCCACAGCCGCCCAGUGCCUGCGGCACCCCUGGCUGCUGCCCUAACCCACCCCACGGCGCCCCAAAACCGCCCCACGGCCGCCCAGUGCCUGCAGCACCCCUGGCUGCUGCCCUAACCCACCCCACGGCGCCCCAAAACCGCCCCACGGCCGCCCAGUGCCUGCAGCACCCCUGGCUGCUGCCCUAACCCACCCCACGGCGCCCCAAAACCGCCCCACGGCCGCCCAGUGCCUGCGGCACCCCUGGCUGCUGCCCUAACCCGCCCCACGGUGCCCCAAAACCGCCCCACGGCCGCCCAGUGCCUGCAGCACCCCUGGCUGCUGCCCUAACCCGCCCCACGGCGCCCCAAAACCACCCAACGGCCACCCAGUGCCUGCAGCACCCCUGGCUGCUGCCCUAACCCGCCCCACGGCACCCCAAACUCACCCCACGGCACCUCAAAUACCUUCAGUGCCUGCAGGACUUCUGCCUGCACCCCAAACCCACCCCAUGGUGCCCCAAACCCGCCCCACGGCGGCCCAGUGCCUGCAGCACCCCUGGCUGCUGCCCUAUACCCACCCAACAACGCCCCAUAAAUAAAGCAACGU